GAAAUACAUUUAAAUCUCCUCGAGGGUUCCUAUCAUUGUGUACAUGAUGGCCAAUGUGGCGCAGUAUCGCGUCGGCCUCAUCCUCCCGCUCAAGAAGACGCGAAAUGGCCGCAUGCAGGAGCUCCUCAUGAGUCAAGACAUGGGCAUCCACUUCAUCCACAUCGAUCUCGAUGCGGUCACGUCGGCCCAAAACUUCCUCGACAUGUAUGGACCCCUCGACGCAAUCCUUCACAAAUUGGCGCACGACAUGGUCUUCGAACCCCUCGGCGAUGCGGCGGCAAUCAGAAACAUGCAGAUCAUCCGCGAGCUCACGUCUCUCCAUCCCAACAUUCCCUUCAUCGAUCCGUUGGAAAGCGUGCGGGUGUUGACCGAUCGCGCCGCCGUCUCCCGCAUGCUCGAGUCAGUUCCAGGGUCGCUCUUCCACCUUCCCCGCCACGCCAUCCUCGACUCCGCAGCAGCCAAGGCCAGCAUCGUAUCUCAGGUCCAUGCUGGUUUGUUUCCGCUGCCGGUGUUGGCCAAGUCGCUGGAAGCGUGCGGCACCGACGCAUCGCACGUGAUGAAGGUCAUCACUCGCGUCCAAGACAUCGCGUCCUUGGAUGUCUCUUCUCCCAUCAUGCUUCAAGAAUACAUCAACCACGGCGGGAGGCUAUUCAAGGGCUACGUGCUUGGCAAGGACAUCCUAGUGGCUGAGCGCACAUCCCUUCCGGACUUGUCGUCGUCCGCCGCCACCGUCGAAUUCAACACCCAAGUGCCGUUUCCGACUUUGGCAGCAUUUGAAACGUGUGCAUCCACCUCCUCGCCGCCGCCGUCGCCGCCAACUCGUAUGUGGACAACGACCUUGGACAUGCAAGUCCAAGCGAUUGGCCGCGCGAUUCAAGCGACGACCGGCUUGAGUUUGUUUGGGUUUGACGUGAUCGUGGCUGCCAAGACCAACCACCUUGUGGUCGUGGACGUGAAUUACUUUCCAUCGUUCAAGGAAAUGACAGACUUUAGCGCCAUGCUCCGCGCCCAUGUGCGAUCCGUGAUUGAAACGCACACGUUGUAGAUGUCCAUCGUGCCUGUCCACAUACGAUGGUGGUGGCGAUAGAGCCAUUGCGUCAAGUUAUAUUUAUUUAAUA